AUGAUUAUUUUCUCAGGAUUAAGGCUUAAUGAUGCACACAAAGCUUUUUCAGUCAUAUGGAAGCAUUUAACCACACAAACAGUAUCAUCUGACAAAGCUCAAACACUUCUUAAUGACUAUUUUUCAGGAGCAAAAGUUCGAGAAAUAUCCACAAUUUUAUUGAUUGAUGAUGUGGACUUUUUGAGUCGUAGUAAACCAGAAGUUCUAAGUAAUAUACUUAAUUGGUCUAAUCAAUGUCGUUCAAAAGUAAUUGUAAUAACAACUUCUAAUCAUAUAGAUUGGGUUGAACGAGUAGUAACAGGACCCGUACCUAUCUUAAAUGAAACUAAAAAAUUACUAUUCAAGCCUUACACCUCCAACCAGUUAGAAAAUAUAAUCUUGGAUAGGUUGAAUGGAAAUUUUGCAUUUGAUCCAAAUGCUAUUCAACUUGCAGCAAAGAAUGGAAAGGGUAAUGCUAAAGUUGCUCUAGGCUUAUGCUAUAUGGCUAUUAAACUUGUUAAAUCCUCAUAUCCAGAUAUUAUACAAAUAACCAGGCUUCAUAUUGCUGAGGUAACACAUUUGAUAUACAAAAUGACAGUUCAACAAGCUAAAAUGUUGUACACAUUUUUCAAUUUUAUUCUUUAUGUUUACGAAUACAGCAAUCGUUAUUAUUAA